CUUCAGAAGUUGAAUUUGAGAACUUCAUCUUGACCAACACUUGUUAGAUCCGUGGGAAAACACUUCUGAAUAUUUAUUUUCCGAAAAUCCUCAUAUACGAUUAUUUGACUGUCUCGCGCAUUGUUGCCUGGAUAUCAGUACUAGCCUAAAUACCAAAACCUUUGGGAAUUUUUCUUCCCCGGGAGUUGAACAUCGUCCAGGUGGUUUGGGAACACCCUCCUUCCCAAGGGGUGUGUGUGAGAACUCGUCCCGAGAUGCGUUCGCUUCUGCCGGUUACUGUGUAUUGCAUCAGCCUACUCUCCCUCCAGCAGCUCCUGGCUCUCCCGGCCGCAGACCGUCUGGAGAGAAACAGGUUGGAGCUGCUUAAGAAGCUUCAUGCGCUGAGAGAGGAGGAGAUCUUCACUCCAGAAACUGGCACCGAACUCGCCAGCCCAACAGACUCCAGCCCUUCAUCAGACCUCCAGCCCUCCAUCAGAUCUCCAAAAUGGCUGCCUGGCUACCUCCGCAGAGACACACCACCCACUGUCAUGAACACAGCCCAUCUUGAACCUCUGGUACGUGUGAGGCUUGAGGAGGGCUUGGAGCCCCAACGGACAGGGUCAAGAGGUCGUCGCCAGGCCCAAUCAGGGUCCCGGGGGGGUCACCACCACCCCCAGCUGAUGAGAGUGGGGUGCGCCCUGGGAACCUGCCAGGUUCAGAACCUCAGCCACCGGCUCUAUCAGCUGAUUGGCCAGAGUGGACGGGAGGACUCCUCCCCCAUUAACCCCCGGAGUCCGCAUAGUUACGGAUGAGAGACUGACGGAUACUUCUCCCUCUCUUCUCUGAAAACAUCAACACCCCAGCAAACUUCUAUCUAUAGACAUGUAUCUCUAUUUUAUGUAUCACAGAUAGCCUUUGCAUUAGUAUUAGAUGUAGUCCACACCAUUUUUAGAUCCUGAAAUGACAAUUUCUGUACUUUUUGAAUGACAUUUGCCUUACUCCUCUGUACACCUCAAAAACGCAACAUGCUGUUUAAGAAAAGGAAUCUGACAUGAAUGAAAGCCUCUUAGUUGAUGCUCCCCACCACCAACCACCCCUGGGAACUAAUACCUGUCACCCAGAAACACUCUGAACAUUUGGGUCUCGUCAAAGUCUCUGUGUUUUUCCCGGCCUCCUGACUAGUCAAGGGGCUCAGUUUGACUUCCUAAUCCUGUUAAUGUAAGAAUAAAUGCUCCCGUCCACCGGUCUUUCUACUUAACACAAGCCAACGCAACUGGACGUGUCUGUAUAAGGCCUGAUGACCUCCACAGCAGCAGUUAGCUCUGGCCCCAUUGAUCAAACACUUAAACCACUAAUGUGGAUUUCUACCAGGGCUAGGAUCAGAUCCCUGUCAGAGGGAAUAUAUUCCUGAAGACCCGUCAAAACGACCCAAUGAACCCUUUUACCCCACGCUAAACCCUGCCCCCUUAGAUCUGCCAGGACAAUUUGAGGGACCAUGUUUGACAUAUCUGGGUUAAUCCUCUGAUUUACAGACCACCAGCAACCAUUUGUGGGCAGACACUGACCUUAUAGACACAGACACUGACCUUACAGACACAGACACUGACCUUACAGACAAAAACCUACUGUCCUCUCUUCUGCAGCCAAUGAUGUUCCCGACAGAAGCGGUCUGUGGUUCUGUGAAGUAUAUGUUUCAACAGACCACAGCCUUGACAGCCGCAUUCAGCCACCAUAGUCAAGUUCAGCAGUGGCUGGAUGGAGUUCCGCUUCUGGACUCGUCUAGUAGAGACUGUUUAUAGAAAGAGAAAGAAGAGAGUACACAUUUCAAUGACUCAGUUCCUACACAAGAUGGAGGUUUUCAAUAUUUUUAUUAUGAAUCAUUGCGGACCUAUUUCAGCGGUGAGAUCUAUUGGUUGGCUCGUGAACACAGUGAACACUCCCGCUGCCCUUAUCUCAGGGUCUGAAUGGGGAUAUUAUCCCCUUCAUGUGAUUCUUAAGUUCUCCCACUAAGUCUCGACUUUAUGUUUACGGCAAUUUAACCAAUCAGACCUAAUCUCUUUAGUAGUGCCGCAAUGGUGGCGAGGUGGUACACAUCGUCUGCUGUAUUUAUAAACAAAAUAAACUUUGACUGUGCCUUGCCUUGCCCAUUGGACCGUAUAACUACUAGCUAAAGCAUCACAAGUUGCCAACCCAAACCCAAAAUCUGCCACUUGCAGUACUGCCUAGGAAUAUUGAGAGGCUUACUUUGUCAUUAUCAAUAAUAAUCAGGUCAGUUAUGAUCCUAAUACUGCUAGUUAGUUUAGUGUGUACACAACAAUACUUUACGUUGUAUGCUUGUAGUGUGUCAAAUGAGUCCAAAUUAGCACAGAGUCAACAGCAAAGUUCUCUGCUGUUACAUUGUGGCUUUGUAAUGACAGACCACGGAUACCAAAAGUAAGGGAGCCAGAGUGCCACAUUUUAAAUCUGGAUACGAAAUACGGUAAAAAAAAUAUAUGCCCCUAGAUUCCCUUGUUAUAACUGUCUCUGAAAUGGUGGGCGGAUGCCCUCAGUAAAAAUAACCAAAAACAACCUCAACUCAGCAAGCCAUGAAAAAACUAGCCCAACCUUCAAAAGGUGCAGAGCCUGUCGAUCGGAAAAAAACAAGCCACAACAUCUCCAUGACAUCUUUAAUACCCAUAAUAAUCAUGCGGCCUGCCUCUUUGAAACACAUUCAAAUGUUUCAUUUUCUCAAUGUCAGAGGAUUAGAAUAGUUUAAAUCAUCCUCAACGUUCAGACUAUUAGUUUUCCAAUAACUUUGAUCCAAACUUGCUGAUGUUGCUAUUGCUGCAGUUAGAAACCAGGUCAGCAAUAAGUCAUACAUUCAUGUAUUUAUGACUAUGACUAUGUAACUAUUAGGUUACUGUGUCGUAAUUAAACAGUCACAGGAGUACCCAAAAUCAGCUUAGAGUCUUUUAGGGUCCAGGUUUUUACUGUUUUGUUUUGACCACAGCGUUGCCUAACUGAAAUCAUUCUAUAACUAAUUAAGUUAGUUGGGCAAGUGGUUUAAAUUCACCAAAUAUCUGACAAUACUUGACAGUCAUUUAGUUUUUUUGUGAUCUACUUUAGUGAUCAUACUUUAGUGUGGUCUCUAUCCAUAUCCCCCUUUCAUUUUGUUUGACAUAUUUUUGUCUUUUUGGACCGGAUCACCAUAAUUAAAACUGGGUUUUUAUUUUAUUUUAGAUUUAGCUCAUGUAAUCGUGGAUUGAUUCUCUGUCUCACUCUCUCUAUCUCACCAUCUCUCCCUCUACCACUCUCUCUCUCCUUCUAUCUCAGUGAUGACGGCGACGCCAGGUUGCAGGUCAUAAUCAGUGGUUCAUUGGUUCUUUAAGUCUAAUCUGUUCAAAGGCUUUGUGAAACACAUGCCAUUGUCUCUGCUGUAAUUGAGCUAAUCAAUGUCUCGUGACAGACCAUUAAAAGGCUUUUCAAACGCUAAGAACCUUGAUGAAUCUCUCGACUUCUUAACCACCACUGUCACAAGUGUGUGUUUGUGUCUGACCGGCCACUUAUAGAAUCAGGAACCAACCUUGUGCUUGUUGGAUUUUUGCUGGGGUCAUUUUGUUUUUGCUGUACCUUUUCUUUGUGAUGUGAAUCUCAUAUGACAGUAAUUACAUGUCAGUGUUGUGUCACUGGCGGGUCUGUAGCCAUUCCUAGCAGCAUAGCUGAGUGUUUUGUCUGGGUAAACUGCGUACCACCAGAUUAUUUACGACCUUUGACCACUAAUACCUCCCCUUGUGUGUUAAGAGAAACACUCUCCAUCAGUCUUACAUCAAAACUAACGCUGCCAUCGCCUGCCAUUGUUGACUUAACCUAUGUUGUAAAGAGAUGCAGGAGAUUGUGUUGUGUGUUCACGUCUGUGUGUGAGUGUGUAUGUGACUGUAUGUGAGUGUGUAUGUGUAGGUACUUAUAGUAUAGUCAUCCUAGCCAGGGAUCUGACACAUCACAAUCCCAGUCUGUUUUUCCUCGUUCAAUAUUUAAUUAUACUUAAGGUCAGAAGCCUCUUAUAGGGUCACAGCAAACUGAGCAAAGCACUUUAAUGUUGUUAGUUCCUCACAACUUGAAUUUCAAACAUUGCAAUUCUAUUUUUAAUGACAGAUGAGAGUUAUUGUAUAUGUUGCAUUUGAUAAAGAUCUGUAUUAAUGUCUUUGAAGAGUUGUCAGUGGUGUGGAGUGAAGAUGAUAUCAUGCGCACUUGUGCAUAUUAUAUAUUAUUAGUGGUACUAUGUAAGAAAAGUAAUAUAUUUAAGUUAUCUUUGUAUGUUUAUAUAUGUAUGUCACCAAAGACACUAUUUAUCUUGCAUUUCCCACGCUUCUAAAAGGUGACCUUUUAUUAGGAAAGAAAAAUAAAUCCUAAAUGUAGCUACAUGUUCAUGUCAGACAAUGUAUUUCAUUCUCUGUAAAAAAUAAAGAACUACUGUAGUGAGAAA